AGCGGUCAUUGUUUUGACAAGUUGCCGAUCGUUCGUUCCGUGCUCUGUCAGACGUUUUGAGAUUCUUUUUUUGUUCUAACGAGACGCACCGUGCUUUAAACAGAAAAUGUCGGGAAUGUCGGAUACCGAAAUUGCCAAAAUGAACUGGGAAUUGGAGAAUAACAUCAAAACAGUUCCAGCGUGUGAUGAAAUUUUCCGAUUCGAUGAUAACCAGCAGAAACAAAUCAUCGAAACCAAACCAUGGGAGAAGGAUCCACAUUACUUCAAAGAUAUCAAAAUCUCGGCUUUGUCCCUAUUGAAAAUGGUAAUGCAUGCCCGGUCAGGGGGUACUUUGGAGGUAAUGGGACUGCUGCUGGGUAAAGUCGAAGACAAUACCAUGAUUGUCAUGGAUGCAUUUGCGCUGCCAGUCGAAGGUACGGAGACCCGUGUGAAUGCCCAGUCGCAGGCUUAUGAGUAUAUGUCAGCUUACAUUGAUUCUGCCAAGGAGGUUGGGCGGUUGGAAAAUGCCAUCGGAUGGUAUCACAGUCAUCCUGGCUAUGGAUGCUGGUUGUCCGGAAUCGAUGUUUCCACUCAAAUGCUGAAUCAAAACUUCCAAGAACCGUUCGUGGCGAUUGUCGUUGAUCCUGUCCGUACGGUGUCGGCAGGGAAAGUGUGCUUGGGUGCCUUCAGGACCUAUCCAAAGGGUUAUAAACCACCAAAUGAAGAGCCAUCUGAAUACCAAACGAUUCCGCUGAAUAAAAUCGAAGAUUUCGGUGUCCAUUGUAAACAAUACUACCCACUCGAGGUCACCUACUUCAAAUCUGCUCUUGAUCGCAAACUCUUAGAUUCAUUAUGGAAUAAGUACUGGGUCAACACUUUAGGCAGUUCAGGUUUGCUUAGCAACACUGACUACACAACUGGACAGAUCUUCGACUUAUCAGAGAAACUGGAGCAGAGCGAAGCGAGCUUGGGAAGAGGUCCUUUUGUUGUUACAGGUGAUGUUAAUGAGAAACGAACCGAAGACAAACUCUCGAAGGCAACGCGCGACUGCAGUCGUGCUUCCAUUGAAUUGAUUCACGGUUUGAUGGCUCAGAUUGCGAAGGAUAAGCUCUUUAACAUGGUUGGCGCAAAGAAAUAAACAUUGAUCCGAUAUAAAACAGCUUGUUUGGUCCAUCAACUAGUUUACUAUUUACACAACUCCUUACAAUUCUAAUAAAAAAUGUUUUGAUUUAUAAUUUA